AAAAAAAUUAACGUCAACAUUGUCAACAUUUUUUAUGGUUAGGAAAACAUUUAAACAAGAAAGUGCAAUAUUUAAUCGAAAAAAAGAUUAUUUUGAUUGGUGAAUUGAAUUAAAUUACUUAUAGAAACUAUGGCUACAUAUUCCGGAGCUCCUCCUGUAUUGCAAUGGAGUCCAGACAAGAAAUUCAGCGACCGAGAGAGGUGGAUUUGUAUCUAUCCCGCUUACAUAAACAGCAAAAAAUCAAUCGCCGAGGGUAGGAGGAUAGCAAAAAGUAGGGCAGUUGAAAAUCCAACUUAUCAGGAGAUACGAGAUGUUUUAGUUGCUUCAGGUUUAAAUGUUGGCGUUGAAAACAAGCAAUACAGCCGGGAACGCAGUAAAGAACUUCUAUACAGGGGUAGAAUCAGGGUACAGUUAAAACACGACGAUGGUUCACUCUACAACUCCUCAUUUCCUACCAGAGACAGUGUAUUGUUGCAUUUGGGUGACAUGAUACCGAAACUGAAGACCCGACUGAGCAAACCUUCUGGCGAACAGCAACCGCAGAGCAGUCAGGGUAAAGGUAAAGGCAAGGGAAAAGGCAGGAGAUAAGGUAUUUUGACAUUUGUUUAUAUGUAUUUGUUAAUAUAAUGUUCAAAAGAAA